AUGAAACGUUCACCGAAUGCCACCGAACUUCACGAAUGCGGCGUUAUUUUCAGGACGGGGGAUGACAUAGAAUUUAAUGACCAAAGUAGGUGUCUACAACUGCCUCUAAUCAACAAUUUUGAAAAGCGUUUGAGGAACCUUAUAGCUUAUGAGCAAUGCCAUAUUGGCAGUGAGUUAAGGAACGAGGUGAGCAACUUUGGUGUGUUUAUGCCGUUCUUGGUCCAGUCAGACCAAGACGUGAAAUUGCUGAUUGAGAGAGUAAUCAUACGGAACGGCUUGGGUAGUAUCAAAGAGGUUACCCAAUUAUUCAACAACCUCUGUAAGCACAUCUGCGUUGGAGUCAACUACUACAAUUAUGAUUGCAAAAGAAUGAAAGAUUAUUGCAAGGGCUGCCGCCAUCGUUGGAUGACGUCGUUACAACGCAACUAUUUCAGUACGCCAUGGCUCAUCGUCCUUCUUGCCCUCACUCUUAUACAUACCAUUACCGCUGUAGUCACUGGAUUCGAAGAACGUUCUUAA